GCACAACAGCCAACAGCUCAUGUAAAGAAGCUAGCAGAUCACGAAGUGCAAACAACAUUGCAAUCUAAUAACCCUACACGUCUUGCCAUGAACACAAAUAUGACUGUGCGAUUUUCGACACCUAUUUUGCCUCGUAUAAUGCAUCCAAUCAAAACACAAGAGUCAGAGCGUUCCCAAUCAUCACAAGUAGAGCAACAUUCACAGCCUCCACCACUUCCUCAACCUUCACAACCCUCGCAGCCUUCACAACCUUCACAAGCUUUACAGCCUUCACAACCUUCACAAGCUCUACAGCCUUCACAACCUUUACAGCCACCAAAAGUAGAGCAAUCUCUGCAACAACCACAAGCAAAGCAAACAUCAGAACCAUCACAAGUAGAGCAGAAUUCACAAUCAUACAUAUCACAAACAACAACAUACUGGCAUGAAAAACAAACACAACCACCACAAGUAGCACAGCUACCACAAGUAGCACAAGCAUCACAACCAUUGCAAAGACAACAAGAAACACCUGAAUCCUCAACAAACCCCUCAUCAAGCACAUUAGAAUUUGUAGCUUCAAAGAAACAAGAAAAGGAUAAAAAACAAGCAGCAUCUCGUCCAUUUAGUUACAGAACGAUUAGUCCUGAAACAAAAAAUCGAAUUUUAGGAUUGCUUGGUGAACGCAAAGUUAAAGGAACAAUUACUCUUGAAGAACAAGCUUUGUAUGACAUUAUGCUUCAAGAAGAUCAAAGUUAAAUAGAAUAAAUAGUUUCAUUUAUAUAUAAAAAAUGAAUAAAUAACAU